GAAUAUAUUUUAUUUUUACUUAAUUGGACGAAACAUUUUAUUAACAGGGCUAACGUAUAUCGUUACACGUAUGUACGGUAGAUGUAUAAAAAUGAUUCAUCAAAAAUGUAGACAAGGAUUUUAUCCGCAUUCAAACAUUAAAAGAUUUCAAGUACAAGAGAAUAAAGUACCAUGGAAUGUUGAAUAUCCUGAAUAUGAACCAAUUAAAUAUACAGCACCUAGUAUACAAAACAAACCUUGGGCAGAUCCAGAAAUUGGAAGUGUCUCUUUCAUACCGAAAUGGAAUAAAAUAGAUGGAAAAAUAGAUCGUAAAAGUUAUAUGGGAGAAUAUGUUAUAAAUGAAGAUGGUUAUCCUUUAAAUCCUGUUGGUAGAACAGGCAUUGUUGGAAGAGGUGUUUUAGGUCGUUGGGGACCAAAUCAUGCGGCAGAUCCAAUCGUUACACGAUGGAAACGAGAUAACAAUGAUAUGUUAGAAAUAAAUGAAACUACGAAUAAACCUGUAUUACAAUUUGUAGCUAUUCAGAGAAGAGAUUGCAAAGAGUGGGCAAUACCCGGAGGUAUGGUAGAUCCAGGAGAAAUGAUAUCUGUUACAUUGAAACGAGAAUUUAUGGAAGAAGCUAUGAAUUUAUUAGAAAAUGAUUUUACCAAACGCAAUGAGAUGGAAGCAAAUAUGAAUUUAUUUUUUACAAACGGAAUUGAAAUUUAUAAGGGUUACGUUGACGAUCCCCGAAAUACAGAUAACGCUUGGAUAGAAACUGUUGCUUUAAAUUUUCAUGACGAAGAUAACAAUACUUUUGGACAAUUACCUUUAACGGCUGGAGAUGAUGCUUGUAACGUAAGAUGGAUGGACAUUGAUGCAAAGCUAAAUUUGUAUGCUAGUCAUUUAGAAUUGAUUAAAAAAACUGUUGAGAAACAUGAUGCACAUUGGUGAAACACAAUAAUAACUUCAAAUAUUAUAUAAAAAUAUAAAAUAUUUUUCAUGAUAAUUAUAAAGAAAAA